AGAAAUCAAUUCAAUGGCUAUGACAUUAAAGAGCGAAUUGUUUUCAAGAUUUGGUAAAAUUGAAGAGAACAUGUUAAUUUCUCAAGCUACUUUAUUGGAUCCAAGGUUCAAAAAAUUUACAUUCUCCAAUAAAAAUAAUUGUCAUGCUGCAGUUAGUUUUUUAAAGGCGAAAGCACAAAGUAUAAUAAUAGAACCAGAAGUGCUAAUAUCAAAACAUACUGCUACUACAUUGUCAUCUACAAUAAAUUCAAGUUCAGCACUGUGGAAAGAGUUUGAUGAAACUGCAGUAAAUUUAAUCGGAGGAUCUAACUCAUCAGCAGCAGGUAUUAUUGAAGUUGACAAAUAUUUGAAUGAACCAUUAAUUAGUCGAACUGAAAAUCCUUUGGUUUGGUGGGCUGAGCGAAAAAAAGUGUACCCAAGAUUGUAUGAGCUUGUGAAAAGGAGACUUUGUAUUAUGGCAACAUCAGUACCUUGCGAGAGAAUAUUUUCUAAAGCAGGCCAAGUUAUUAGCAAAAAAAGAAGUAGACUCUCAACAUCUAAAAUUUCACAAAUAUUAUUUAUUAAUCACAAUAUAUAAAGAAAAUAUUUAAUUAAUUGCAUUUGUAUAAAUUAGUAGUCCAGUUGGAAAAAAUAUCUUUUAAUUUUGAUUUUUCCCAUGUAGUAAUAAAAUAAUUAAAAUAAGAAAUAUAACAAUAAUAAUAACAAGAAUCAAUAAA